AUGGCAGAGACUACUGCUGCUUCCACGAAGCCCGUCCAUACCAUCGUGUUGGAUGCUGGCCCAAUUCUCAAGAAUACCCCGCCGCUUUCCACCCUCCUCGCCCAGUGUGAGGAAAUUAUCACCACCCCCUCCGUCGUGGGCGAGAUUCGUGACCCGGACGCCCGCGCCCGUGUCGAAACCCUCUAUCUCCCGUUCUUGAAGCAGCGAACCCCCACCCCGAAGAGCUUCAACAUUGUCAGCGAGUUCGCCCGCAAGACUGGUGACCGGUCUGUGCUCAGUAGAGUCGAUAUUGAAGUUCUUGCGCUUGCCUACGAGAUUGAAUGCGAGAGGAACGAGGGUGACUGGCGCUUGCGCAGUGUACCCGGUCAAAAGAAAAUCAAUGGAAAGCCUCCUGUCAAGGAAGAGCCCACCGAGACCAGUGCCGAGUCUGCUGAUGUGGAGGCCAUCACUGAGGGCGUGAAGGAUACUACUGUCGCGGAUGCCUCAGAAGCCCCCAAAGAGGAAGCCGAGGCUCCUGUGACUGAGGACACCAAGGAACUCGUUGAGGCUGCUGUUGAGAUUGCCGACGAAGAGGCCGAGGAGGAAGAGGAGGAAGACAACGAUGAUGCUGCCGAUUCUGACGGCGGAGAAUGGAUCACUCCCACAAACUAUAAGAAGCGCCUGGCUCAAGAUGAGUCUGGAUCCGCCACUCUGACAGCUGCACCCAAGACUAUGCAGGUUGCUACCAUGACUACUGAUUUCGCCUGUCAAAACGUUCUCCUGCAAAUGAACCUCAACCUUUUGUCCACCACGACUCUCCAGAAGAUCCAGCACCUGCGAACCUUCAUCAAGCGCUGCCACGCCUGCUUCUUGACCACCAAGGAAAUGAACAAGCAGUUCUGCCCCCGUUGCGGCAAGGACACCCUCACCCGUGUAUCCUGCACAACCACCGCCAACGGCGCAUUCACCAUGCACCUGAAGAAAAACAUGCAAUGGAACACCCGCGGCAAUGUUUACAGUGUGCCCAAGCCUACCCACGGAACCUCCAACGGUAAGUGGAAGGGAGGCGGUGGCCAGCGAGGAUGGGGCAACGAGCUCGUUCUCGCCGAAGACCAGAAGGAGUUCGUUCGCGCCAAUGCGGAAGAAGAGCGCCGACAGCGCCGUGAGCGCGACCUCAUGGACCAAGACUACCUGCCCGGUAUCUUGACCGGUGAGCGCAACCGAACUGGUGGCCGUACCAAGGUCGGCGCUGGUCGCAAUGUCAACUCGCGGAAGCGUUAA